AUGUCGGCCCAGCAAUACUACCAACCUCCUCAGGAAGGAUAUCCCCAAUACCCUCAGCAGGUGAGUUUGGAGUUCCCGGCGGCUCUUAUGGUCAGCCUCCCCCACAAGGUUACUACCCUCCGCAAGGUCAAAUGCAAUAUCAACAGCAGCAGCCUCCUCCUCAGCAGAGUGGUGGCGGGGAUGGAUGCUUCAAAGGGUGCAUAG